UCAAGAUCAAUGGAAAAGCAUUAUGAAAAGAAGAUAGCAUGGACGAUUAAGAAUUUCUCCUCUUUGCAAUCUGAGAUAGUUUAUUCUGAUAAUUUCGUAGUUGGUGACUCCAAAUGGCGUCUUCGAGCCUAUCCCAAGGGAAGUGGUGAAUAUAAAAAUAAAAGUUUGUCUCUGUUUCUUUCUGUUGCUGAUUCUGAAUCUUUGCCAUAUGGUUGGAAAAGACACUCAAAAUAUCGCCUAACUGUUGUUAAUCAAACGUCGGAGAAACUCUCCAAACAGAUAGUAGGAAAUGCCUGGUUUGAUCAGGAGGGUUCCGACUGGGGUUUCAGAGCAAUAAUUCACCUUACCGAACUUGCUGAUGUAAAUGGUGGGUUUGUGGUGAAUGGAGAAGUAAAGAUUGUAGCCGAGGUUGGUGUUCUUGAAGUUGUUGGCAAAUCAGAUGUGUUAGUGGAAACUCCACUAGUAAAUGAAAGCAUCAAUGUGAAUGGGUUUCAAAUUCUUCCUUCACAGGUAGAAUCUGUGAACAGUCUGUUUGAAGAGCACCCAGACAUUGCUUCAACGUUCCGUCCGGAAAACACACAUCUGAGAACAACAUACAUGCAUAGCCUACUAAGUUUGACUGAGAUUCUCUGCCAGUCACCUGAGAAACUGUCCAAUGAUGAUCUGGCCAAUGCAUACUCUACACUAACUUGUGGUACAAAAGCAGGGUUUAAGCUUGAUUGGUUGGAGAAGAAACUGAAAGAGGUUGGCGAGAGUCGGGUGCAAGAAAUUGAGGAAGAGCUAAAGGACAUGAAACAAAAGUGCGCAGACAUGGAGGCUCUGCUGGAGUUCUUAAAAUGAUCUUGUUUGAUGA